UUACUGUUUGUGCCCUAGGGACCCAAAGAGGACCAGGAGUCCGAGUCAGAACUGACUGUGACUGAGCUGAAGGCACUGCGUAAGCAGCAGCAAGCGAAAUUAGAAAAGACAAUGUUGGGAGAGGACUCGGAUGAGGAAGAUGAAAAAGAGGAGAGAAGCGAGAGGACUCAGAACAGUGAUAUGAGCUGCUCGUGGGGCAUGGGGGAGGAUGCUGAGGAGGAUGAGGUUGAAGAAAACCCUAUUGCUAUUGAUUUUCAGGAUGUACAAGACGCCUUCUAUAUGAAAGAUCCUAGGAAGGCCUUACAGGGCUUUUUUGACAGAGAAGGAGAAGAGUUAGAAUAUGAAUACGAUGACCGUGGGCACAACAGCUGGCUGUGCAGGAUCAAGUUGCCUGUGGAUGACGCAUCGGGGAAGCAGCUGGUGGCAGAGGUGCUCCAUUCAGGGAAGAAGAAGGAAGCCAUGAUACAGUGCGCACUGGAAGCUUGCAGGCUGCUCGAUGCUCGGGGGGUACUGAGGCAAGAAGCAGUAUCCCGAAAAAGGAAAUCAAAGAACUGGGAAGAUGAGGAUUUUUAUGACAGCGAUGAUGACACUUUCCUUGAUCGAACUGGGGCUGUAGAAAAGAAACGACUGAACAGAAUGAAAAAAGCUGGUAAAAUAGAAGAAAAACCAGAGACUUAUGACUCCCUGGUCACAAAGCUAAAUGAAGCUGAAAAUGAGCUUUCUGAGAUAACAGAGAAGCUGAAGACUUCAGGGAAAGUCCAGUCCCAGCCAGCAGCUCAAGAUUCCUUGGAUGAAUUCAUGACCGAAAUAAAAUCAGGGUGCGCCUUAGACAGCGUGGCGCGGAAGAAGCUCCACUUGCGGUCGUUUGAACUGAAGAAAGAGCAGCAGAGGCUGAAAGGGUUAAUAAAGCUUGUCAAGCCUGCAGAACUGCCUGAGCUGAAGCCCCAGAGUUACAGUCUGGAAGCAGAGAGCAAGCCUAAGAAGAUUACCCUGCCUCUCUUUGGUGCAAUGAAAGGGGGGAGCAAAUUCAAACUGAAAACUGGAAGCCUAGGGAAGUUGCCUGUUAAGCGUCCAGACAUCCCUGAAAGCUUGUUAAAAAUGAAGGACGACGGACCAGAGGAGGAGGAAGAGGAAGAAGAGGAAGAAAUGGAGGAGGAGCAAGAAGCAGAUGCAAUAAACAGCAGAGCGUCAAACCUGGAAAUGAAAAUUACAACAGAACAAGAAAGAGGAAAAGAAACUAAUGAUCCUGAUGGUUCUCCUUGCAGUAUCAAGAAUCUAGAAUCCCUUCAGGAUGGGGUUAAUUUUCUGCCUGAGCCAAAGAUACUAAGGAAUAAAUCUCGGGUGGGACCCUCACAAGAGAAAUCUCAAGCACCCGAGGCAGUGUGUAAGGAACCUGAAGAGGCACCUGAGAAAGUUAAGAAAAUCAAUAGCUCAAGCAAGGUCCAACAACCUUUUUUUUCCUCACAGUACCCAGAUGAUGACCCAGACUACUGCGUGUGGAUCCCUCCUGCAGAUCAAAGUGGUGAUGGCAAGACUCAUCUCAAUGAAAAAUACGGGUACUGAGCUUCGAGCAUCCGAGAGUGCACCUGAGGUUUGAAGGACUGCUCUAUUUUGGACUCUUUCA